AUGGGUGGGUGGUGUUCGAGUUGUUGCUGGCGGAAUCCCCGAUCCAGACUUUGCACAGAGUAGAAAUGGAUUUGCUCUCCGCCGCAAUAGUGACUUUCAAAGCUUUGCUGCAGAACAGUCUUAAAAUGGUCACAAAUAAAUGUUGCACAAUACAAAAUGCACAGUCGAUCUCUACCACUGAACUAUUUCCCCUUGAGACUUGCUGGUUAUUGAGUCCAUUUCUUUGGACCUGUUACUGAGUUCAUAAUCUGUGGUAUGUGACGCUGGUAGGAUAUGUUCUCAAUAAUUAGGGUCUCUGGGAGAGGGGCAGAAGUCAGAUUAGACUGCGCCCUUUUUAACAAAGAUGCCCUUCAAUCCAAGAGGAGAUUGCGGGAAUACUCUUCCCCCUCCACUCCGCUGGCUCCCAAAUACUUGCCAUCAGUGGUAGAAAUCUCAGUAAUCUGAGAAAUGUGCAUCUUCCAGCCAAAAGCACAAUGCUUGACAUAAUGAUGUUUUGCUCAUCACUGAACAAACCUGUCUCUUUUUCUCACUCUCGUUUCUCCCAUAGAAGGACGUAAAAUUCGCACUGUAGAGAAAACCUGCGAUUCUUCAAAGGUCUGCUCCACUCCCUCAGCAUACUUUUAUCUUGGGUUGGGGAGAACCUUUAGGAUGUACUUGGUCUGUUGCACGGGGGACAACUGCAAAAAUGCCAAGCCUAAAUGUAAUUAUUAUUAUCAUUAUUAUUACAUUGAUACCCCACCAUUCCUUCAAAGAGCUCAGUGUUGUGUACUCACUUUUCAAUUUCUUCAUUUUAUCACCGCAACAAUUGCAUGAGGAAGGUUAGGCUGAGAGACAGUGACUAGCCCAAAGGGCCCCAUGGCUGAAAAGGAACUAAAACAUGGUCUCUCAUGUUCAAGUCCAGAACUCUAAACAUUACUCCACACUGCUUCACCUAAAUGCAUUUAUUUUAAGCACUUUUUUUUUUUUACUUCACUCAUUAUUCAUAAAAGAUUCCCAGAGAUCAACAUCCUCAGAAAUAAGGCCACACAUACUGAGGUCUACUGUAGUCAUGUCCAUUUCUUUUAGUGGGUCAACUCUGAGUAAGACUAGCACUAGAUACACCCUGUUCCAAUUUCCUUGUUGUGCUUCCACCGUCCACCAUUUGUCAACAUAGUAAGCAGCCUUAUAUGGAGCCAGACCAUUGGUCCAUCUGGCUCACUAUUGUCUACACUGAUUGGCAGUGCCUGUCCAAUGUUUCGGGAAGGGGAUGUUCCCCUUUCUGCCUGGAGAUGCUGUGGAUUGAACCCGGGAUUUUCUGCUUGCAGAGCAGAUGCCACACCACUGAACCAUGACCCUUCCUUUCCUCUACUCCAUCACAUGUAGUCUAGGAUGGGCCACCACAAUUGUCAAUCUGUAAUCAAUUCAGUUCCAUUCGUCAUCAACAUCUGUCUCUAGCACAGGCUCUCCUCAACCUGAAGACCUCCAGAUGUUUGGGCCUACAGCUCUCCUCACCCCAGAUACAUUAGCCCUGCUGGCUGGCGCUCAUGACAGACCCUCCAAGUGUCCCUAUUUUCCAGGGACAGUCCCUUAUUUAGAGAAGCCGUCCCGGUUUCUGAUUUGAUUCCGUAAUGUCCCACUUUCCCUUAGGAUGUCCCUGUUUUUAUUGGAGAAAUGUUGGAGAGUAUGGAGUUAUCCAACGCCCCAGCACUCCUGUGUAGGGAAGAUUUUUUUAAAAAAAAUAUAUUUAAUGUUUGAUUAUGUUUUUAUAUAUGUUGAAAGCUGCCCAGAGUGCUGGGGCAACCCAGUAAUAUGUGUGGGGUAUAAAUAGUAAAAAAUAGCAUGAUAGAAUGGGACGUCCCUGUUUUCAUUGGAGAAAUGUUGGGUGGUAUGUUAUGAACAUGGAACUCAAACAACAUCCAGUGGGCACUAUGUGCAGGAAGGCUGCUCUAGGCUACAGCCACCUAUAAAUUAAAUGUAUUUAGCCUUUAACGCUUUAUUAACCAGGAUAGCAACAAACCUGGAUGGCUUUAAAAGAGGACUGGAGCAAAUUCAUGGAGGACAAGGCUACCAGUGGCUACUAGCCAUGAUGGCUAUGCUCUUCCACCAUGGUCGGGGACAGAAUACCAGUUGCUGGAAGUUUCAGGAUGGGAGUGGGCUCAUGUCGUCAAUCUAGCUGGCUACUGUGAGAGCAAGAUCCUGGGCUAGAUAAGCCAUUGGCCUGAUUCAGCUGGUUCUUCUUAUCUUCUUAGCCUCUGCCUCCCACUUAGUCCAUUCCUGAAGCUGAUUAUGAAUCCUGUUCUUUGGCUUGCAGUACCCCAAGUCGAAAAGAAGGUCAAUGGAAAGCAAUGCCCUACCUGUUACUCCUCGUCAGACGUGUGCCAUGCGAAGGUGGUGAAUUGUACCGGCUUGGAGAGCUACUGCUUUGAUGUGGCCACAACCACCUACAUCAGUAAGUCUUGCUUCAUGCACAACGUGCCUUUGAGUUCAGUCGGUAGAGCAUGAGACUCUUAAUCUCAGGGUCAUGGGUUUGAGCCCCAUGUUGGGGGCUCAUGGUCCCUCCCAACUCAACCAUUCUGUGAUCUGUAGCUGAGCUGAUCCUCAGUGCAAUGGCAUCUUGCCCUUGCGUAGCUGGAGACACAGAGCAAACUGGUUCUGCUGCCUUGUGUCAGGCACAGUAUGGGGGCAUUUCUUCCAGACAAGGCCAUGCAGCAACCCCAGAUGCUUGGUGGGUGAAAGGGAACACAGUCACCCUACCAAUGGAUCCAUAUUAGCCAGCUUGCAAAUUUUAAUUAAUGGAUAUUUUUAAAUUUUGAUGGAAUUUUAUUGCAGAUUUUAAUGAUGUGAGGAGCUCAGUGUUGUGUGUUCAAGCCCCGUGUUGGGCAAAAUAUUCCUGAACUAAUGGGGGGUUGGACUAGAUGAACCUUGUGGUCCCUUCCAACUGUACAAUUCUAUGAUUCCACAAUUCUAUGUGUGGAUUUAAUACUUGAUUUUAUAAUAGAUGGAAACUGCUUAGAAAUAAUUUAUGUCAUGGAAGCAGUAUAUAAAUUAGCACAAAGUAACAGUAAAAAUAUGCAAGUAACUUGCAGACAGCAACGAAGUACAAAGUAGAGUACAAAUGAGCAACAAGUGAUAUUAAUGAAGCCCUGAACAUCAGCACAUCCAACCAGGAUAAAAACCCAGGGAUGCAGUUAGGACUUCACUAUUGGGCUGACCAAAACGCUUAUUUGGAGGUGACAUGUUGACUGGCGACAAUGAUUUCCCAGGCUACCCAAUCUUAUCUUCCUUGUUCAGAUGGACAACGGCAGCGCAGUAUCAUGAAGGGGUGCACUACAAAGUCCAUCUGUGCUUCAAUAAACAGAGGCCAGGCCGACCUCUUAACAGGUGCGGACGUUGUUGAAAAGGCCACCUGUACUCCAGAGAUUUCAAGGGGAUCUCAGUCCUCUGCGCUCCUUCUGCCAACCAUUCCGGUGCUUCUGCUGCAGAAGAUCCUUUUGUAA